CCCGCCUGCUCUGCCUGACUCAGGAAGUCUAGUGGAAGAUGCGGGGGAGGGACAGCUAGGACAGGCUAAAAGCGACAUCCCAGGGGACAGCUCGGUCCUGCAGCAGGUGACACUGGCCGGAGUGACAAGCUGAGGAUCCUCAUAAACAAAUCCCCUCACUCCAUCAUGGAAAACGACACUGUACAAUUGCGCAAUCCCACCGAGGUUCGUAUGAGCCAGAUGGUUCUGCCCUGUCAUGCCAAUCACCGUGGUCAGCUCAGUACUGGGCAACUGCUGAAAUGGAUCGACACUGCAGCUUGCUUGUCAGCGGAGAGGCACGCUGGCUGUCCUUGUGUCACGGCUUCAAUGGAUGACAUAUAUUUUGAGCACACUAUCAGUGUGGGGCAAGUUGUCAACCUAAAAACAAAAGUGAAUCGUGCAUUUAACUCCAGCAUGGAGGUUGGGAUCCAGGUGACUUCAGAGGAUUUGUGCAGCGGAAAUGAAUGGGAUGUCUGUGAGGCGUACGCAACAUUUGUAGCUCAAGCACAAGAAGGUAGAAAGGUAAAGCUCAAGCCCCUAAUUCCGCGCACUGAGGAAGAGCACUUGGAGCACAGCAUUGCGGCAGAAAGACGAAGAAUGAGACUCAUCCACACGGACAUCAUCAAAGAUCUGCUGAGCCGGAGCUCCCUACAGGACGAGCGGAGCCAUGACCGAGGGGAGAAACGGGAAGUCCUGGCACAGAAGACGCGUGUAGAGAGUGUAGAGUUGGUGCUGCCCCCACAUGCCAACCAUCAGGGGAACACUUUUGGUGGUCAAAUCAUGGCCUGGAUGGAGAAUGUAGCCACAAUAGCUGCCAGCCGUCUAUGUCACAUGCACCCCACCCUAAAGACCAUUGAGAUGUUUCAUUUCCGGGGACCUUCUCAAGUUGGGGACCGACUGAUUCUUAAAGCCAUUGUGAACAACGCAUUUAAGGACAGUAUGGAGGUGGGGGUCUGUGUGGAAGCGUUCUGUCAUGAGGUGGAGGUCCCUAGGAGACAUAUAAACAGUGCUUUCAUGACCUUCAUGGUUCUAGAUGAAAAUAACCACCCGCGAAUUCUACCACGCAUCAAACCAGAACCAGGGGAUGGAGAGAGACGCUACAAAGAAGCAAAUGCUCGAAGAAAGAUCCGCUUGGACCGCAAAUAUGUCACCUCCUGCAAGCAGUCCGAGGUGCCACUGUCUGUCCCGUGGGAUCCAAGUAACCAGGUAUAUCUUAGUUACAAUAACGUUUCUGCACUGAAGAUGUUAAUGUCUAAAAACAACUGGACUUUGGCUUCUGAGAUAGAAAAGGUUCGAUUAUACACUCUGGAGGACAAUCACUUUCUGUCCUUCAAGGUAGAAAUGACUGUGUCUAUUGAAGCCAGGAAAGCCUUCAUCCUGCUUUCUGACCUGAGGCGAAGGAGCCAGUGGGAUUCCUAUUACCAGAAAUGUGAACUGGUCCAGCAAGUUGAUGCAGAUGAUGCAAUUUAUCACGUAAUAAGCACAGUACGGACAGCUGAGAAUCGUCUGCAGGACUUUAUCAUCCUGGCUUCCCGGAGGCUGCCCUGUGACAUGGGGGACCCUCAUGUUGUUGCAUUUCGGUCGGUUACUCUCCCUUCUCAUCCCCCAAGCCCCGACUAUGUGCGUGCAGAAACCCUGUGUGCUGGCUUCGGUAUCUGGGCAGAGGAUGAGCACAGAACUAAGAUUUCCUAUUAUAACCAGUUUACUCCAGGCCUUGUGUCAUACAUAACAACCAAUAUUGCUGGACUCUCUUCAGACUUUUACACAACCUUUCAAGGCUGCGAGAGAUUCCUCAUGGAGAACAAAUCUGACAUUGCGUGUGAGAUAGAGACACUAAGCCUGUGGUCGCCAGAGGAGUCCAACUUCUGACGGGAAUCACCGUCUAAUAAGAAGUGCUUUAAUUUGGAUAAAGUGUGUGCAAUAUAUAGUUUAGGACAUACAAUACACAGUAUGCGCAUUGUGUGAUGCUUAUGUCACUCACAGGGAAACUAGGACACAAAUAAUGGGUGUUUAUGUCAGAUCAUCUGUUACUUCUUGAGUAAAGAUGAGUAAAGGUGGUGGAUUAUACUACUCAGCUAUUUAACACAUUCAGAAUUGUUGCUCGUGAAAUAAAUACUCAUAAUUUCUACUCUGAUAAUAAUAUGAGGCGCUAAUUCAGAAGUUCUAGAUUUCAGAAUAAGCACUCUAAAUAUCCACUUUUUAGUAAAAACUGGGAUGCAGGAUGUCACUGAAAGACAAGUUUUGUCUCAAGCAUGUUAGGUUCUUCAGGUUUGUGGUGUUGGGCUUGGCUCCCUCCACCAUGUGGAGCGUAAAAGGAAACUCUUAAUUGUAAAGAGGAACAUUCUCUUUUCUUAAACAAUGGAUUACCUGUGUCUGAUAACCUUGCUAUUGCUGUAACCUGCAUCAUUUUUUAUUAGAAAGGGGCCCCCAAAAGGGCUUAGAUACAUUUUAAAAAGUGGCCCCCCACCAUGACCCUAUACAUUAUUAAGAUUUAUCAGAAGGCCAGUAAUAUUUAAUUUGUAUGUAUUUUUUUGUAUCAGCAUUAAGGUUUUGUAAGAGGAAAUUACUAUAUUAAUAACAAUGGCAACAUCUAAGACUGGGUAACAUUAUAUAGCAACAUUAUAUACAGGGAUGUAAAAGUAUCACUGUAAUUUAUUAGUCAGGGGAAAAACUUACUAGUCCAGAUUCCCUAUAAACUUACUAGUCCAUAGGAAGAAAGCAUACUAGUCUAUAGGGAGAAAAUAACUUACUAGUCUAGAGAGAAAAACCGUACUAGUCUAGAGAGAGGAACCGUACUAGUCUAGAGAGAGGAACCGUACUAGUCUAGAGAGAGGAACCGUACUAGUCUAGAGAGAGGAACCCGUACUAGUCUAGAGAGAGGAACCGUACUAGUCUAUAGGGAGAAAAUAACUUACUAGUCUAGAGAGAGAAACCGUACUAGUCUAGAGAGAGGAACCGUACUAGUCUAUAGGGAGAAAAUGACUUACUAGUCUAGAGAGAGAAACCGUACUAAUCUAGAGAGAGAGAAACCGUACGAGUCUAGAGAGAGAAACCGUACGAGUCUAGAGAGAGAAACUGUACGAGUCUAGAGAGAGAAACCGUACGAGUCUAGAGAGAGAAACCGUACGAGUCUAGAGAGAGAAACCGUACGAGUCUAGAGAGAGAAACCGUACGAGUCUAGAGAGAGAAACCGUACGAGUCUAGAGAGAGGAACCGUACUAGUCUAGAGAGAGAAACCGUACUAGUCUAUAGGGAGAAAAUACCGUACUAGUCUAGAGAGAGAAACCAUACUAGUCUAGAGAGAGGAACCAUACUAGUCUAUAGGGAGAAAAUAACUUACGAGUCUAGAGAGAGAAACCGUACGAGUCUAGAGAGAGAAACCGUACUAGUCUAGAGAGAAACCGUACUAGUCUAGAGAGAAACCGUACUAGUCUAGAGAGAGAAACCGUACUAGUCUAGAGAGAGGAACCGUACUAGUCUAGAGAGAGGAACCGUACUAGUCUAGAGAGAGGAACCGUACUAGUCUAGAGAGAGGAACCGUACUAGUCUAUAGGGAGAAAAUAACAUACUAGUCUAGAGAGAGAAAACGUACUAGUCUAGAGAGAGAAAACGUACUAGUCUAGAGAGAGAAAACGUACUAGUCUAGAGAGAGAAAACGUACUAGUCUAGAGAGAGAAAACGUACUAGUCUAGAGAGAGGAACCGUACUAGUCUAUAGGGAGAAAAUACCGUACUAGUCUAGAGAGAGAAACCGUACUAGUCUAGAGAGAGGAACCGUACUAGUCUAUAGGGAGAAAAUAACUUACUAGUCUAGAGAGAGAAACCGUACGAGUCUAGAGAGAGAGAAACCGUACUAGUCUAGAGAGAGAAACCGUACUAGUCUAGAGAGAGAAACCGUACUAGUCUAGAGAGAGAAACCGUACUAGUCUAGAGAGAGGAACCAUACUAGUCUAGAGAGAGGAACCGUACUAGU